AUGGUAAAACAAAUAAACGAUAAUCAUGAAUCUGCUCCAAAACCACCAUCAUUACUUGUUGCUGCCCAUUGUGCAACACUACGUCGUAAAGCAACACGUAUUGAUGUAAAUGAACUAUCAUCUAUACUCAAUGAUUGUGUACACGAAGCGUAUUCACAUAAAUGCCCGUUAAAAACAUAUUUGAAUUCUUUAAAUGAAAUAGUUACAACAUUAUCUUCAAAUUUUCCAUCAGCAUUACUUGAAAUAAGUUCACAUUAUUUUUUUACUCUCGUCCGUAACACAGUACAACUUCUUUUAAGUGAAUUACAUACAUCAAAUGAAUUAAAUAAUCAAGAAAUUUAUAUUUUACGUAAUUGUACUGUAUUUAUUUAUCAGAUAGCUAAGAAAAUAGAUAAUGUAUCAAAAAUAAUACAUUGGAUUACUGAGGAAACAUUUCUUGAUACUUUAGCAAAUUGUUUAAUUCAUAUAAAUAAUAUUUCAAAAGCAAUUGAAAAUGAACAUAUAAUUAAACAAAUAACACGUUUAUUAAAUAUAAUGUGUCAUAUUCAACAACAUUUACCCAUAAAUUUACAUCAGAAUUUAUUUGCACGAUUACUUCAACCGACUAUUACUUGUUUAACAUCAGAAAAUUAUUUUAAAUUAUUUAGCAAUUUACAAGCAAAAGCAGGUUCACUUACAGAAAGCCAAAAAUUGUUCCUUAUUAAAUGUCCGUAUUUUCUUACUGGUUAUAAUGGACCCUGUGUUGAGAAAGCCAUUGAACAUGUGUUAGAAAUAAUGUUACCACGUUAUGUAUCAAUACUUGAUAAACAUAUGAAAACCAUUAAAGAAUGGCGAAGUUCAAUGAUGCGUGCUAUUCAUAAUCUUAUUAUAACUAUUGUUUAUGCUGACGGCUAUUUUUCAUCCCAUACUCAUAAUAAAUCAUUUCGAUUACUUAUUAAUCAUCUGCUAUGUCUUCUUAGUGAAACGAGUUUAAUUAAGAAAAUACAUCCAAGUGCAAACAAUUUAGAAACCUUAUUGAUUGAUGCAACACUGGUCGUUUUUAGUGUACUAGUUUAUGAACCCAAUGCAUUGGAUUAUAUUAAAAAACUUAAACCGAUAGCAAUUUUUCGACAACUAACAACAACAUCUCAUGAAACUAUUGUUUUAAGUGCUUAUAUGAUGCUUGUAUAUGUAGUGGAUGAAAAUGACAUUGAAAGAGCAGUGGGCAACUUGUCAAAUUUACUUUCGACAACUCUAUAUUUGUUAGGAAAAGAAAUAGAAACUCGUCAUCAUCCAAAUGUAUAUGAGAAUUCUAAUCGAGAAAAUAACGAUCGAAAUAUAAUACAUCUUCUUGAAACAUUAAAAGGUUUAGCACCAUAUGAGCAAAUUCAACAUGACAUAUUAAAAUACAGAAUAGUAUCACAUUUAAUGUAUUAUUACGAAAAAUUACAUGGAUUAUCAAAAAAAUUAUUGCUUGAAUGUUUUUGGACACUAUCAUUUAAUGAACAAAUAGCUCAACAAUUACGUGAACAAUCACAAUUUAUUCUUUCAUUAGAUAAUAUACUACGGUUUGUUAGCGAUGAUAAUCAACAAAAUACGAUGCGCCCUUCAAGUAAUUAUUAUAGUCGUCAAAAUGGUACUAUUAUAGCGUCAAUCGAAGGAACAAACAAUGGCACACGAGAAGUGGCUGAUGGACUUCUUUGGAAACUUGUUAACGAACCUGAAUUUCGAGAGAAUAUUAUUGAGAAAAUGAAAAUGCGAGCGACAACAAAAAUUGCAACUGAUACUCAAAAUUAUAAAUAUGAUAUAAUGAUUUCAUAUUGUUGUGCUGACAAAGAUAUUGUUCAUAAAAUUCAGAACUUUCUCACUAACGAAGGUUAUAAUGUUUGGUUUGAUAGUGCUCAUAAUCACAGAAACGCUAUGGAAGUCGUCGCAGAUGCAAUAGAAAAUUCUCAAUUUGUUAUUCUAUGUAUGUCAGAUUCGUAUAAACGCAAUAAUAAUUGUAAAGCUGAAGCUGAAUAUGCAUUUAAUUCCAAACGAUUGAUUCUUCCGUUGGUUAUACGUACUGGCUACAAACCUAAAGGAUGGUUAGCGUCUAUGAUAAACAACAGUACCUAUAUUGAUUUCGCAGGAUCUGAUUUCAAAACUGCAUCCACAUGGCUCUUAGAAAAAGUAAAACAACAACAAUGUAAGAAAGAAAUUCCAGUUCACAGAUCAAAGGCAUCGACACUGUUCAACAUCGCACACAAUUCAUCUGUACCCUCGACUGUUUCUAAUAAGUCUCAUGCACCUGUUGAGUCUUUGACUGUAACUGGUUCUACUAGUUGCGUACCAAAUCAUUUUUCAUCUGCUCCCAUCGAUAAACAACAACAAAUGUCACCAUCUACAACCUUAGGAACAUCAAUAGCUGAUGUUGACUCUUCCAUAAUGCCUGAUUUGAUUGAAAAACAACAGAAAAAAUCGAAGCGUACUACUUUACCACCACCACCACCACCACCAAUGGUUAGUUCGAUCCCAACUAUCAAAUCUAUUGGUAUUGUUGAAACAGAGCAAGCUCAAACCCACACUGUUGUAGGGCCACCAACAUCUAGCGUUACGCCUUCCACAACAUUUAAUAAUGAUAUGCAACAACAACCAAUACAGAAGCAUUUUGUUUCAACAUCAACAAAAUCUAGAUCCAUGACCUCCACUACAUCUGACGGUAGCGGACAACAACAACAAAUAUCAAUGCUUUCACAUUCAACUUCUUCGACACUUAACGCUGACACUUCUACUAUGUCUUCAGGUGUCAAUAAACCAUACAAGCAGCAUAAAAUAACAGACUAUUCGAUUUCACAACCACCAACAUUUGAUUCCACUCUUUCUAUCGAAUCUUUUAUUGCUGAAAAACAACAAAAACAACAACAAUACCGCCAACAACAACAACGAAUGGCAGUGAACUCUGUUCUUCAAUCAGCAACAGCUAGUUCUGUCUCCUCUGACCUUGCUGCCACUGUUGAGAAACAGCAACAGCGGAAACUUAUUUAUCCUGCAUCAACACCGCUAACUACUACAUCUAUCACUUCUCAGAUCACAGAGUCACAGCCAAAGCUAACAGCAACACCGUCUCCUUCACCAUAUUCCAUAUAUGGCUAUAGGUAUUCUACUGCAUCGAAUGUUGUUGAAAAGCAACAAUCAUCGAAAAGAUGCUAUUCUGUUUCAUCAGCACUAACCCCAGCAUCAAGUUCCUCUGACAUAACUGCAGAUUUUUACGACAAGCGGCACCAAAAAACUACUUCUCCUGUUUUAAUGCGCUCAACAUCUUCUACUGUUUCUUUUGACGCAUCUUGUAAUGUUGAGAUAAAGCAACAGCAAGCGCCAGUACCUCCCAAACCACGAACUUCAACGAUUAAUGCCCAGUCCUCUAUCGCAUGUUCUACUUCUAUUCAGCAACAACAGCAAACAAAGAAAACUAUCACAGAAUCAUUCAAAAAUGACACUGCUCCUCCUGUUAGGUUCAUCACCAUCGAUAAUGAGCAACAACAGCCAAUAGAAAUAAUUCCUAUUUCUCAAUCUGCAACAUCUAGUUCCAUACCUUCUGACGAAUCUAUCAGUGUCCACAAACAGCCACAACAACAAACGCUAGGAUAUUUUAUUUCAUGUCCGCCAAUUACGACCAACACUGUACUUCCUACUACAUCUACAAUUAUUUCUCAACCGCAGCAGCUACCAGCAACUCAUCUUGUUCCACAGUCUCUAACAAAUAACAAUACUUCUUCUGCUUCAACAUCUACCGUUGAUAAACUAAAGCAGAAGACACAACUUCGUCCUAUUUCACAAUCCCAAAUAUAUGAUUCGAUCUAUUAUGAUACAUCUGUUUUCAUUGAUCAACAACCACAGCUAACGCAAAUGUAUUCUGCUUCACAACCACUAACAAAUAACACUGUUUAUUCGGAUUCACCGAUUAUCAUCGACAAACUAAAGCAAAAAACACAAAUACGUCCUGUCUCACAAUUGCAAACAUCUGACUCCGUACCAUCUGAUACAUCUGUUCGCCUUGAUCAACAUCCGCAGAAAACACCAAUGCAGCCUAUUUCACAAUCGAUAGCAAAUAAUACUGUUUCUUCAGCUUCACCUAUUGUCAUCGAUAAACUACAACAGAACGCUCAACUUCGCCGUGUUGCACAAUCACAAAUAACUAGCACGUUCCCUUCUGUCCCAUCUGAUAUCCUUGAUCAACAACCACAGUUAACAGCCGUGCAUAAUGUUUCACAACAGUUAAAAAAUAACAAAUUUUCUCCUCCUCCACCUGUUAUCAUCAACAAACAGCAGCAGAAAACACAAGCUUGUCCUGUUGCACAAUCACAGGCACCUAGCUCUGCCUCGUCUGCUACAUCUGUUCCCCUCGAUCAACAACCAAAAGUAAUACCAAUGCAUUUUGUCUCACAACCGUCAACAAAUGGCACUGUUUCCUCUGCUCGAACUACCACCACCGAUAAACAACAACAGAAAAAACAGGUACAUCCCAUGUCUCAAUCACAAGCAUGUGACUCUGCCUAUUCUGGUACAUCUGUCCAUCUUGAUGAAGAAUCGCAGUGGACAUCAAUGCAUCUUGUCCCAGAACUGUUAGCAAAUGACACUGUUACUUUUGCUGCAGCAAACACUAUUGGAAAACAACAACAGAAAACACAAGUUCGUCCUGUUUCACAAUCACAAAUAUCUGUCUGCACGCCGUCCGCUACACAUAUUCGUUUUAAUCAACAACCACAUCUAACACAAAUGCAUUGUAUUUCGAAACAGUUCAGCAAUAAUACCGUUUAUUCUGAUUCAGCUGUUAUUAUCGAUGAACUACAAGAGGAAACACAAAUUCAUCCUGUUUCACAAUCACAAACAUAUGAGUCGGCCUAUUCUAAUACAUCUGUCCGCCUUGACCAAGAAGCACAAUGGACAUCAAUGCAUAUUGUUCCGGAACUGUUAACAAAUGAUAUCGUUGCUUCUGCUUCAGUAAAUACUAUCGAAAAACAACGACAGAAAAAACAAGUACAAUCUGUUCGAGAGUCACAAACAUAUGACUCUGGCUACUCUGAUACAUCUAUUCACCUUGAUCAAGAAGCGCAAUGGGCAUCAAUGCAUCUUGUUCCAGAACUAUUAGCGAAUGACACUGUUGUUUCUGCUUCAAUUAACACUAUCGGAAAACAACAACAACAACAACAACAGAAAACACAAAUUCAUACUAUUCCACAAUCACAAACAUAUGACUCUGGCUACUCUGACACAUCUACCAACCUUGAUCAAGAAGCGCAGUGGGCAUCAAUGCAUCUCGUUCCAGAACUGAUAGCGAAUGACACUGUUGUUUCUGCUUCAGUAAACACUAUCGGAAAACAACAACAAAAAAAAACACAAGCUCCUCCUGUUCCACAAUCACAAACAUCUAGCUUAUUUCCUUCUGCUAGUUGUGUUCGCCUUGAUCAACAACCACAACUAACACAAAUGUAUUCUGCUCCACAAAUGCUAACAAAUAACACCGUUUAUUCUGAUUCAGCUGUUAUUAUUAAUGAACUACAAGAGAAAACACAAAUUCAUCCUGUUUCACAAUCACAAAUGUAUGGCUCUGCUUAUUCUGGUACAUCUGCUUCCCUUGAUCGACAAUCACAGCUAACACAAAUGCAUACUGUCUCACAACAGCUAAGAAAUAACACUGUUUCUUCUGAUUCGCCUGUUAUCAUCGAUGAAUUACAAAAGGAUGCACAAAUUCAUCCUGUUUCACAAUCACCAACAUAUGACUCGAUCUAUUGUGAUACAUCGGUUGACCUUAAUCAAGAAGCACAGUUGACACCAAUGUAUUUUGUUUCAGAACAGUCAACAAAUAAUACUGUUUCUUCUGCCCCAAUUGACACAGUCGGUAAACAACAACAGAAAACACAAGUUCGACCUAUUUCAAAAUCGCAUGCUACAUAUGUCCAUCCUGAUCAACAAGCGCAACGAACACCAAUGCAUUUUGUUUCACCACCGUCAACAAAUAACACUGUUUUUUCUGCUUUAUCUAACGCCAUCGAUAAACAACAGAAAAUAGAAGUAUGCCCAGUUGCAAAAUCAGAAACAUCUGGCUCCGACCAUUCUGCUCUCCUUAAUCAACAACUGCAGUCAACAGCAAUGCUUCUUGUUUCAGAGCCCUCAACACAUGUUACUGUUUGUUGUGCUUUACCUGCCGCAACCGAUAAACGGCAACAGCAGCCAACACAAGUGCCUCUUGUUUCCCAAUCUUCAGUUGCUCGUUCUGCAUCUUCUAAUGAAUGUAUUAAUGCCAAGACACAGUCACAGCGAGAAGUAUUCGUGUAUUCUAGUUCACGACCACAAAUGACGACCGAUACAGUACUUCGUAACACAUCUACUGUUGACAAGCAACCGCAACAAGUAACAUCGAAGCAUAAUGUUGCACAAUCGUCGGCAAAUCUCACAACUACUUCUGCCUCACAUGUGACUGCCAAAAAACAACAACAUGAGAGUCCAAUGCGUAGUACUUCUCGAUCGCAAGUACCUACGUCUAGCUCCUCUGCAAUACGUGUUGACCGAGACAAACAAGAAGGAAUGGCAUCAGUUUCAAACUCAAAAACACACCUACACUCGUUUGAGGAACCACCUCGCUUACCCACAGAAUAUACAAAUCGUAAAACGAUGAAUUCGACAUACCGUACUGUCCCGAUUAAUUUAUGGAAAAGUGGUGAUGUGCUUGAUUUCCUAUUCGAUUUACGUCUCUAUGACAUGAUGCCCUUAUGUGAAUCGAUGUCAGGUAAAGCUCUGAUUCGACUUUUUCGAAUGUGUCAAGAAAAGCCUAAGCGCCUUUACAAUCAACUAAAUGAAGAAUUACGUAUUCGAUUCAAAGGCUUAACUUUACCAAUGGGAGUUUAUGCAGAAUUUCUAAUAGAAAUGGAUGAUUUAGUUGGUCUUGUGCCUGCUACAGUUUCUGAAAUACCUUGUCCAAAGACAAAGGAUGAGGAGCAUCCCACAUUCAGACCUCUUACUGUACAAGAGGAACCAAUAUCAAUGCAACGAAGUUCCAGACCCAUAAUAGAUAUGACAGUCUCACGAAGUCUGUCGCAUUCUGGCAUCCCGGUUGGAAAAUUACCAGGAAGAACAGCUUCUAAUAAUAUACGUUUACUUGAACGAUCAUUUGUGCAACCACCAUCAGCUCCUGGAAGACCGUAUAUGUUAAUUCUUGAAUCAAUUGAAGAAUCAACUGUACUUCUUCAAUAA